UCAGAAAUGCUGGUCCUAACAAAGUCCACAAUCGCAAUCGCCGCCUUCACCUUCGUCAACGUGGUUCAUGGCCUUGCAACCCGUGCAACAUGCCCAUCAUCCCAAUUGGCAUCCGGGCCAUCCGCAUGUGCAGCCACGAGCAAAGCUCUGGGGAUCUACCGUCAUGACAAACUCUCGCCUUCCAGCUCAUGGGAUGGGCCCCUUGAUUGUCAGGGUGAAUUCUGCGUGUACUCUAACCAAGCCGUAUCCAAACACCGUUGGGCUGUCUUGUGCACAACGCCUGAAGUCGCAAAACAUGUCCAGUCCCAUUUCUACAUCCGGCCGAAAAGCCCAAUUCACCCAGAGACACUUCUAGAGGCCAUUCCAUGUCAUGUUGCCGAGAUACCUGGGAAGGGCAGGGGACUGAUAGCGAGCAGGAAGAUCCUCGAGGGAGAACAAAUCAUAGCUGAAGAUGCCAUCCUGGCACUGCCUAUCCAUGCACAUCUGGAGCUUCAACCCGAACGGCGGGCCAGUCUAUAUGACAUGGUCCUGGAGAAUCUGCCACGUGAGGCCAGGGACGAAUUCUUAUCCCAGGCUGGGGACGACGUCACUACUAUUCUCAAUCGCAACGGCUUUGAGAUUCACACAGGUCGGGAUGAUGACGACGUACGAUACGUCGGCGCCUUUCCAGAGCAGGCUUUGAUCAAUCACGAUUGCAGACCAAGUCUCGCAUAUCACUUCCGUGGAAUCACUCACAUCACCAUCGCGGUCCGGGACAUUGAGGCAGGGGAGGAGCUCAGCCUGAGCUACAUCGACGCGACACUCCCAACUCGCCACCGACAGGCGGGCCUGAGCGCCCUCUGGGAAUUCAAAUGCACCUGCAAGCAAUGCCAGCUCGCCCCCGCCGAGGCCGAAGCAUCUGAGGCGCGACUCGAUCGCAUCAAGGCGCUGGAAGACUCCCUUGACCACCCGGCCAAGAGCUUUCCGGCCGGCGACCUGAAGGCCCAGACGGGCGCGGAGUUGGUGCGGCUUUACGAGCAGGAUCGGCUAGACGUCUAUGUCGGAUACGCCUACAGGAGGGCUGCCCUGAACUUCGCGGUCUUUGGCGACGCGCCGAAUGCGACGAGGUUCGCGCGGCGGGCCCUGGAGGCUUUGCGGCGGCAGGGUGGCGCAGGACAGAAGGAUCUGGAAAAUAUGCGAGGCCUGCUAACCGACCCGAAGGCGCACUGGAGCUGGGGCAGGCUGGUUGCGCCGCCGCCACGGCCGCGGCCGCAGCAGCAUCGCAAGAGCGCCGGGGGUGUCUGAAAUCAGGCUCUCGGCUCUUGAAUCUGACUGGGGGCUUGGCCACGUGCGUGGGAUCAACGUUCCUGGCUGAUCUGGUCGCGGAGUGGUCAGCUUUGAUCUGACCACAGGACCAAGAGAGCGGCAGCCAGAUGAAAUGGCCCUCCGAGUUCUGGUGAGAAUUGCAUCUGGACGGAGUACCCCCACGUUAUCCCGGGCCUUUUGUGCAUACUUGGAGUCGCACGCAUGAACAGAAAUGUCCUCUAUCUUCCCAGGUUGUUGUCCGGCCAUUUCGUGCACUAUUUUCGGAUUUAGGCGACAGUAUCACAUGU